AUGACCGAGAAGUGUUUAAAACACAUCUUAAGAAUAACAGACCUUAAAGUCCAACCGAUCCUUCGGGAUCGGCAGAAUAUCCGUUCAUUUGGCCAGCAUCUCAUUGAGCCCCUCAACCCUAUUACCAUACCGGCUGACUCCUACGUCGACCUUGACUUAUUCCCCGAUGGUUGGGUCGCGCCUGAGGAUGAGGCCCCAGCGGACGGUCCAGCUGAGGAGCCGCCAGCUGAGCCCGUUGGCGAGGCAGCGGCUGAACUGGAGCAUCAGCCGGUUGAUGAGGCAGCAAAUCCACUCGGUGCUGAGGCAGCAAACCUGCCAGCUGAUGGGUCAGCAGGUCAACUCGUCGAUGAGCCAGCACGUCAAGGUGCUGAUGAGCCAGCAGGUCAACUCGCUGAUGAUCCAGCACGUCAAGCCCCUGACGAGCCAGCAGGUCAGCGCGCAGAUGAGGUCGAGUCAAACUUGAGAUUUGUCGAGAGUGCCAAGUCGUAG